CAGUCCAGCCACAUCUCCAAACAUGCAUUUCAUCAGGUGUGCUGCAGUGGCUGGACUGCUGGUCACCAUUUGCAGAGCAGCAGUGGUGACUGAGAAUGGCUUCCCUAUCCUCUGGGAAAAGGCCCCAGCCCUUCUGUCUGAGCUUCCACAGGCUGAUGGAGUGGUCAAAUUGGACCCAUGGGACUACUUGCAGAGGACGGCCAUGUACAGGCUGAUGAUCAAUGCCACAGAUCCCUUCAUGAGCUCCAUGGGCCCUGGAGCCACUGAGAACCCACUCUGGGGGCUUCCUCUCCAGCUGGGCUGGAAGCUCAAAUCAGGUCGGCUGGUCGAUCCUACAGGUGUGAGUACCUGCGGGCAGGAGAGCUCCGACCCAGUGUGCAUUGCUGCCAGCAGCUGGUGGGGGUGUGCGAACUACCACCUGUCUGUGAUUCCGUUCCUGGCGGCUGUUGAGGCAGGUGUGGUGGGAGAUGGUCAGGCUAAGUUGGAGGUUCAGGUACCUGCUGAGCUGGCUAGCGAUUAUUGCUCCAGCACCUGUUCCAGUGUGCACCCUGAUGCCGUACAAAAAUGGGUCACAUUUUUUCAGUCUCUGAAGACCAUCAGUGCAUCGGAAGCGAGUGACGAUGACAAGAAGGAUCAGAUUCUGGGUUUAAUGUGGUCAGCUCAGCUGGCCUCCCUCGAUGCGGCCAGCAGCACCUGCGCUAAUAAGAUGACACAUUACUCCAGUACGGAGAAGUCCUUCAUUGAAAGCUGGCUGAACUCUGGUCAGUACGUGGGGGCCUCCCACUUCCACUCCAGCUUGGAGAAGUCUGUGCAGUUCAUGACGCCUCUGCCCAGCCGAGUGCUGCAGGAGACGGACAGUCCACCCAAAAUUGCUGACCUCAGUGCUGAGGAAAACCACACCCUGCACACCUUCGGCUGGAUGACCAGUGUCAACAAACUACUCGGUGGAACUCUGACCUCAAUGUGGCAGCGCGCAAUGUGCUCGGCCGCUGCCCGCGCGAAAGGUCGUGCCCUGCUGGAAGACCUAGUCCUCAAUCCACAGUUCCCCACCUCCAGCAUGCUGGGCGUCCUGACCGAGAUGAUCACCAAAUGCUGAGAAGAGCCUCCAUUAAUCUAUUGAAGUCCAGAGAUUUACCCAGUUUUUCACCUCUUACCCCACAUGUAGUCCAUCAGUCAACACUAGACUGGAGCUAUAAGGCUAAAGUAGCUAACAAGUAAUGAAAGCUUGUAUCACAGCAAUUAACCCUGAGCACACUCUCCCGACUAAUAUAGAUAAGUGUCUCAUUCACCACCAGAAACCACAUAAUUAAGUCUAUUACAAGCAAGUUAACGGCUCCACACUUUGAGGAGAGCAGGCGUGCAGUUACCUCCAUGCAAAUUGAUGAGUCCUUAGCUUUUCUUCCCUCCCUGCUAGAAAACAAGCACAGACCACCACCGUGGUCUGGUCACCAGCUAAGUCAGCAUGUUGCGUUUUGGAUGCUGGUAUGCUUGUCCAUCAUCAUGACUACGUUGGGUGACCAACUAAUCCAGCACCAGACCCGCAUAAACCAGCUCACAGCUUUUUUCAGCUGCAUUAGCUACAUGAGCCUCGUAGCUCCAGUGCAAAACUAAGGAAGCAACCUUCAACAUGUUAAUGCUGCUGGUGUCAAUGUCAGGCAGUAGCCACCACUUAGCAUGAUGUGACUGUCGUAAUUCCAAUUGCUCGCUGUUCACUUUCAUUCAUUUAGCAACAUUAACAUUAUUGAUUGAACCACUGAUCCUUUGAAACUGGGCUCCUCGGCCCUGGACCAUGCAUGUUUUUGUAUUAUUCCAGCCGCCCACACACCUGAUGCAGAUCAUCAGAUGCUGCUAACCUGGCUCAGGUGUAAAGAAAAAGGAGGAUUCACCCUUUCAUAACUUGCUGUUUCCCUUUUGGUUUUUCUAAAAUGUUUGAUUAUUGGACUUUGCUGGAACACGUUGUGUCUGUGAAUAAACGCCACACUCCCCAACAUCCAUUAUAUCUAUUAGAUCCCAGGCAAAAAUCACAGGUCAUUUCUCUCCAGCCCCCCCAGAAAGAGACUUGUUGCUAUGCCACACCAGUGGUAGGUGCUUUCUGUUAUGGUGCUACUGGUUUUGAUGCUUUAUUUCAGAAAAAUGUACCAUUGAAUAUUGUACUUAAAUGACCCAUGUCUUGGAAAACUGAAUCUCCCAAAAUAAAAGCCGAAUAAAAGAC